UGAAUAAAACUUCGUAGAAACUCAUAGUUACAAAGUUCAAACAUUGUUAUAAAUAAAAGACAAAUUAACGUCAGGAUCACCCACAACACAAAGCAAUGUUAUUACCCAAUAGAGUGACUCUCAUGCAUGGGCAAUCUCAAUGAAUAGCAGCUACUUAUUCGUCAUCUGUUGCGAUAUGGUAUUAUUGUUACUUAGAGGAUCUGUAACACACUUUCACUUUUAACUUUGGAAUCCCCCAAUUUGGCCCAACAGCGAGCCAGUCGACUUGGGGCCACAACAGAUAGCACUCCUCUGCAAAAAUGAGACCAGCGACCAUUAUGUUACUUCUGUGCUGCAUAAUGGCUAUAGCGAGCGCAGAGAUAGAAGAAACUAAAGAUUUGGAAUUAGAUAAUCCGGAAGACUUGGAGAGACGACAUCGUAGGCGUAAAAAACCUCAAAAUACCGGACCCUGUGGGAGCGGAUACGGGAGGACUUUUGGCUUUCAAGACUAUACGUACAUAUCGGCACCGGUCAUGAACUAUUUUUUCGGAUGUGGAGUUGCCCCUGUGCCAGUAGCACCCUACCCGCACCUGCCAGCGGCCGCACCCUACCCCGUGCAGAUUGGAGUGAGCCAGUCGCAGCAUCAUGGGGGUCACCACGGAGGCCAUCACGGAGGCCACCACGGUCACGGACACUUCGGGGGACAAAAUCAAGGAGAACAGUUCAUCGGAAAUCAUCCCUCGGGCUACGGCCAAAACCAACCCUUUUCCGGCCCAGGAGCAUUUCAACAGCCAAAUCGACCGCUCCAAAACGUGGUAUCAGCAGCGGCCUCAGGCUUCGGCAAUGUCCUGGCUGACUACAUUAACCGCCCCAGAAAAACUCAAAAGCAGAUUAACAGACAAGUGAAUCAAUUUUUGAAACCAAUAUAUAAACUGUUUUAAGAAUAUUUAGUUUGUGAUGUGUUAGUGUUAGU